GAAACGACGAGAGAGAGAGAGAGGGUUUUCCUUUCACGACAGUGUCGCGCAGUGCUGACUCUCACUCAGCGAGUAUGGCCGCAUUGUUGUCGGUGCUGAGUGAGUUAAGAGCCCGGGCCAAGCGCUCAGCCUCUGUGUAUGAACCUGCCAGAAGUUUUAUUGGGUUGACGACCGACAGCUCCUUCUCUGUUAUCGACAAAUUGGACAAAUACUACAGAGAUGUAAAAUCAACUGUAUUAAACCAUCAACACUCAGCUACAGGCCUUUUUCCUGUCAGAACAAAUGCUGAUUGUAAAGAAGUUAAGAUUCGAGACAGCGUUUAUUGUGCUGCAAGUGCAUGGGCUCUCGCACUUGCUUAUAGGCGGCUUGAUGAUGACAAGGGACGGACCCAUGAGCUGGAGCACUGUGCAAUAAAAUGCAUGCGAGGAAUUCUUUUCUGUUACAUGCGGCAAUCAGAGACGGUGGAAUCAUUCAAGAAAUCUCCAACUUCAUCAAAUUGCCUCCCUUCUGUCUUCAACAUAGAAACGGGUGAAAAAAUGCGUAAUUUUGAGACGUAUGGACACCUUCAGAUUGACGCUCUCGCUCUGUUCCUGCUCUACAUGGUGGAGAUGAUUUCCUCUGGGCUGCAAAUUAUCUACAAUACAGACGAGGUAACUUUCAUUCAAAACCUUGUUUACUGUUUGGAAAGAUCCUACCGUACUCCAGAUUUUGGGAUGUGGGAAAGAGGCAGCAAAUACAACAAUGGCAGCACUGAGCUGCAUUCAAGUUCGAUUGGUUUAGCUAAAGCUGUGCUCGAAUCAAUCAGUGGUUUUAACCUCUUCGGGAACCAGGGUUGUUCUUGGUCAGUUAUUUGUGUUGACUUUGACGCUCACAACAGAAACCUACAGACUCUAAAUUCACUUCUGCCACGAGAAUCCAGAUCUCAUAAUACAGAUUCUGCUCUGCUGCCAUGCAUAAGUUACCCUGCAUUUGCAGUGGAUGAUGAUGCUGUAUAUGAUCAAACCAUGGACAAGAUUGUUCGCAAGCUGAAGGGGAAACAUGGAUUCAAACGCUUUUUGAGAGACGGGUACAGAUCAGGAUUGGAGGACCGAUCAAGAUGGUACUAUAAACCAGCAGAGAUCAAGCUGUUUGAUGGCAUUGAAUGUGAAUUUCCUCUGUUUUAUAUUUAUAUGAUAAUUGACGGCGUGUUUAGGGAAAAACCUCACCAAGUUGAGACUUAUCAGAACCUGCUUAAACCUUUGAUUCUCCAGACAUAUGAAGGCUAUUACGUGAUACCAAAGUAUUACUAUGUACCAAGUGAAUUGAUUGAUCAAGAAAAGGAAGUUCCUGGGAGCCAGCGACGCUAUGCGAGCAACAGUGGAAGGGAUGGAAAACUUUUCUUGUGGGCACAGGCCCUUUACCUCAUUUCAGAGUUACUCGUGAGCAAAUUGAUCAGCCCUAAGGAUCUUGACCCUGUGGGACGCUAUAUACCUCAAAAUGAACAGAGAAGUGUGAGAUUGAGAUACUCCAACCAGAGUCUUGUUGAAAAUGAUUUGGUGGUUCACGUGGCCUUGAUUGCUGAAAGCCAGCGCCUGCAAGUUUUUCUGAACACAUAUGGAAUACAAACUCAGACCCCUCACCAAGUUGAACCAAUCCAAAUAUGGCCUCAACAGGAGAUUGGAAAGGCCUAUAGUGUCUUGGGUGUUAACAAAAAGCUUAAACUGACUGGCAGACCGAAGAGGCCUAUUGGCUAUAUUGGAACGUCAUUGAUUUACCGAAUUUUGGGGAAGACAGUAGUGUGUUUCUCUCUUGUCUUCGACUUGAGUGACUUUUACAUGUCUCAAGAUGUGCUGAUACUGAUUGACGACAUAAAGAAUUCACUACAGUUUAUGAAGCAGUCUUGGAAAAUGAAUACACGUCCUCUAUACCUUGUUUUGAUCCGUGAAGAUAACAUAAAAGGGAGCCGAUUUAAUCCCAUUUUGGACAUGCUGGCUUCAUUCAAAAAGGGUAAUAUCGGAGGAGUGAAGGUUCGUGUUGACAGACUGCAGACUUUAAUAGCUGGAGCAACAGUGGAACAGCUGGACUUUCUACGAUUAAGUGAAGAGGAAGAUAUUCCAGAUUUCGUACAUUUUAAAGAGCUCGAAUUUCCAUCACACUCGAGGGUGAAACGACGGGCAAGUGCAGUAAAUAUUUACAAGCUAGAUCAAGGGCCUGAGAUAAACAUGAAUGAUUGGAAAAGUAAAUCCACCGAUGAAAUCCUACACAAGCUGGAAGAGUGCAAAUGCCUCGAAAGCAAUGCUAUACUCUUGAGUAUUUUGAUGAAACGAGAAGGCCCCAACUUCGUUUCCUCAAAAGGUACCAUUGCAGAUCUUUUGGAAAAACUCUAUUGGAAAUCUGGCAGUAAAAAGCACUGGUCUAAUGUACGCUACACCGCAAGUAUUUUAGGUAAACAAGUGGACAGUCUUGCUCCAUCUAUUACUAGGGUUUUAGUUCAGGGUAAACAAGUGACAAUAGGAGUAUUUGGUCAGGAAGAGGAGGUGAUUUCGAACCCCUUGACUCCAGCGGAAAUAAAGAAAAUAAUCUAUGCUAAAUGCAGCCCAUACGAUGAAAGGGAAGCUGUGAUUCAGCAAGAACUUAUCAUCCACAUUGGUUGGGCUAUAUCUAACAAUCAAGAACUCUUCAAUGGGAUGUUGAAGAUACGGAUUGGAUGGAUUCUACAUGCUAUGAAACAUGAACUGAAGAUUCAAAGUGGCAAUAUGCCCGUCCUUGAUCUGUACAAGAUGUCACCUAGUGACGUUAAACAGCUUUUCAUGGACUCUCUACAGGCUCACAAAUAUGGGAGGUCAUGGAUAAAUAAACGUCACCUCGAUGGCUCCUUGAACCGAACUCCAAAAGGUUUCUAUGACCGAGUAUGGGCCAUUUUGGAGAGGACACAAGGUGGCAUUGUAGUGUCUGAAAACCAUUUGCCACAACAACCAACUUUAUCAGACAUGACCAUGUAUGAGAUGAACUUCUCCCUGCUGGUGGAAGGCUUGCUUAAGGACAUUGUCAAGCCUGAGUAUCGACAAAUCAUUGUUGAGCUUCUGAUGGUGAUUUCGAUUGUGUUGGAGCGUAAUCCUGAGGUGGAAUUUCAUGGUAAAGUAAAUUUGGACGAACUGGUGCAAGAAAGUUUUGAGAACUUCAAGUUCGAUAAAAGCCAGAAUAAAAAUGAUGAGCAGACCAUGACCGAUUUCUACAAUACACCUCCAACGGGUACAAUGGGGACAUCCAGCUACUUGGCAAAGACUGUGACAGACACCUUGCUGAAGGGAGAAGUGAAGCUGAAUAUUGACGACCCCUGCAUGGUCAGCUAAAAAUGAUGAAGAGUGCUCAUUCCUGAGAUUUAUGAUGCGUUGCUAAUGUGUGUCAUUGCCAGUCAUGAUAGUAAAGUCUACAUAUAAUGUGAAAUUUGCCAGGUAUUCUUUUCCGCUAGUCACAUCAGAAGAUUGAUAAAACUACUUGCCUUAAAUUAUCAUCCAGAAAAGUAAAAGAGACUUUAUUUAAACUUGGGUGUGGACAUUUGUAUGAAAAAUAUAUUUAACAAUGCAACAAGCUCAUUCACAUUUGAUUCUUUGGCACAUUAGCACUGUUUAGUGAAAGUGUUGCUUCAUAUAAGGUUAGUAUUUUAAAUUUUAGUACAUUUUCGAAUACUUGUGUGUGCCAGUGUUAUGAAUUCUAAUUGUUGAAUUAGCAUGUUCGAAAGCAUGACUUCGACUUGCAUAAUAAAUCUAUUAGAUUGAAA